GGCUGAGAUUGGAUUGUACAGAAGUUGAUGUAAGUGCUCAGAUAUACUGGUCUCGGCGGCCUUCGCAUACUUUUCAGAACACAUCUUCAGGGAUCAUCGCUAUGCCUCGGCUAUCUGCAGGGAUGCUUAUCGUGCUGAAAGCGCCGUCAUAGAUUCAAAACAGACUUCACUAUUGGAACUUCCUCGUCAAUAUUUGCAUACAGAGUUGACCGAUUCUGAUCUAUCGCCUUCCUUAUUAAUCUGCAUCUAUGGCAAGGUAUUGACCAAUUAUAUCUUCAUUCUCCCGCCAAACUCCGCUCGCCAAAGACUCCAUCAAUCCGAACAUUGCCCCGCCUCUCCUCAAAUUCGACAUCAAAAUGGUAUCAAAAACCUCAAUUGGGCUUGCAGAUUUGCCCAACGAGAUCAUAAUUCAUAUCCUAACCCUCUUCCCAACCCGCCAACUCCUCCCCCUCACAACCAUCUCACACCGAAUCCACGCCCUAAUCCUCACUAUAAUCCACACCCGGAUCCUCGCAAUCACCUCCUCGCCCUCCAAAAGGGUAAUCCUCGAAUGCUACCACCCAUCCGCCAAGUUAUCAACCCCGUAUUUCUUCUGCGACUACCUCUACACCGAGCCCUUCGCCCUCUCCUCCGCCUCCCCCACCUCGUCGCCCUCAUCCCUUUCCCAACUCCGCAACCUCUACUCCUAUUUCCGCCCCACACCCCCAGAAGGCGAUCGCAAAGUCUGGCGACCACGGCCCUCAGGCGGUUGGUCAUGGGUCCCAAUCUCCUCUGUCCUUGACAAGGGAGAGGAAGAGGGGCAGGAAGGAGAGGAACUGGUCAGUCAGGAUAUAUAUCUAGAGAGUCACGAGCUGUUUACCCAGUUGCAGAGUGUAGUUAAUGUUGUCAAGACGGGGCCGACGAAGGAUUUGUUUUUAAGCUGUGUGACGGUAGGCGAGGGGCUAGUGAGGGUCUGGAGGGAUUGGUUGAAGGAGAGGGCUGAGGGGGUGGCGAAGAGGAAGGGUGAGGAGGAGGAGGAAAUUGAGAAAAGGUUAUUGUGGAGCGAUACACAGAAGCAUGUGGGCUUGAGGUUGAGGGUUAAUGGGAGGCAAGAUGAGAGGGUUCCGGUGUUGGUGAGUAGGGAUGAGGAUCCGAAUGUGGGUUAUACGUUGCAGUACGAAGAAUUGGUGGUCAGGAGUAGUCAGUUGCUGCUUAUGAUGGAGGAUUCGCUGGACCGAGAUAUUGGGAAUACGGGGAAGGCUAUUGUGAUUGUGUCAUAAACAGUAACCAACUGGGGUAAAUCAACAAUAUUUCUUUAUGUACAGUACAGCUGCAGUCUCAUAAGGUUUAGAUGCAUUUCCAAUUGCCUUGAGGUGACUUUUGGUUCUUAUGCAGGG